CGCCUCACCUGUUCUACGGACGUGACUGUUUCCACCGAGUCGUCCUGCAACCGCUCCCGCGCGUGCUCGGGCCUCAGACUGUACAGCGGCUCUGACCAGACAGGGGAGGAAGAUGGAGGGCAAUAGUAGGUGAAGGAACUCGGAGAAGCCAUGGUCAGGAGAGCAGCGGGCGGUGUAUAGGACUCCCUUCGUCAAACAACAACGCGCAUUGAAACUCAAGCGGGCUAAAGCGCUACGGAGAGCGGGUCGAGUCAAAAAGACUUUGAACGCGAAUCGCUCUCCACCCACCCACACAGCUUCGGGGAGAGGGUUACUGGGAUGCUGCUGCCCCCCAUUGGGCAAGAGGAGCUGCUGCAGGAGGCUCAGCUGCCUGGAGCGCACGGAAGGACGGAUGGGUCUCUCCAAUCUGGAUUUCAUUUCCGAGAGAUGGUGUAGGACUCCUCGGGUCGUUGUGCAAAUUAACACACGCAGGCACGCACACUUCGACAUUGUGCUAAUUGUCGCCUAAUUGCAAUGGCAGUCGUUCGCAGUUUCGGAUGCCCAAGAACUGUGAAACUCAAAAAACAUUUUUUGACACAUCUCCUGACUCAGACACACUAUCGCUAAUAGAAUUACUGUGCACCUUUGGGUGCGUGGGAGCCGCCCAGGAGAAACCGUCGGCUUCUCAACGAGGGAAUUGCCUUCUCGGUACUCAGGGAUGGAGGGAAGAGGCAUUGUAGUUGUCUCCUAUUGUCCCCCAGGGAGCCACAAUACAGUAGUAGGGUCUAAAGCGCAGUAAAAGGAACAAGUAUAAGUGAAACGACAAAGGAAAUACUCGUUUAUCAGGCAGUUUUUUAGGGAGCACCUACUAUAUGUCAAACAGUGUGCUAGGCCCUAGGUAUACAAAAGUGAACAAAACAAACAAGCUCCCUGCCCCUAGGAACCUUAUAGUCUAGUGGAAUUGACAGAAUUAAUGAAUGAACGCAAUAAUAUAUGAAGACUUGCCAUAAAUGGUAUGAAAGAAAAUAACAGUCUACAAGAGACUGAAAGGAGGACUGGACUAAUUAGAUUGGGUGGUCAGGCCAAGCCCCUCUGAGGCCUCUCUUAGACCCAAAGGAUGACAAGGAGCCAUCCACAUGAACAAUAUGGGGAAGAGCUCCCUAGAGGAAGCAACAGCGUGGAUUUUAAGAUGAAGACCAUAGAGGUAGAUGGCAUCAAAGUGCGGAUACAGAUCUGGGACACAGCGGGGCAGGAGAGAUAUCAGACCAUCACAAAGCAGUACUAUCGACGGGCCCAGGGAAUAUUUUUAGUCUACGACAUUAGCAGCGAGCGCUCUUACCAGCACAUCAUGAAGUGGGUCAGUGAUGUGGAUGAGUAUGCACCAGAAGGUGUCCAGAAGAUCCUUAUAGGGAAUAAGGCUGAUGAAGAGCAGAAGCGCCAGGUGGGAAGAGAGCAGGGGCAGCAGCUGGCUAAGGAGUACGGCAUGGACUUCUACGAAACAAGUGCCUGCACCAACCUCAACAUUAAAGAGUCUUUCACGCGGCUGACAGAGCUGGUGCUGCAGGCCCACAGGAAGGAGCUGGAUGGUCUCCGGACACGUGCCAGCAAUGAGUUGGCACUGGCCGAGCUGGAGGAGGAUGAGGGCAAACCUGAGGGCCCAGCGAACUCUUCGAAAACCUGCUGGUGCUGAAGGUCCUGUGUGGUGCCCCUGCCGAUCCCCGUCCCCUCAGGAGGCCUGCGGCAGACAGGGAGUCGGGCUUUGCCCUGCUUCUCCUCUCACUCGGGUGACCCUGUGGAAUGCCAGUAGCUGCUACUCCCCUGCCUGGCCCUGAGAGCAGCCCUGCUGUCAUCUCUGAGCAGCCUCUGCCCCCUGUCCUCCAGCCUGAAGGGCUCCCCUCAGCCCAUUUCCCUGCCACGGGCCUGCCAUGAGCCCCCAGGAUGUUACGGGCACCGUCGCACUGCCCUGAGCUCCCCAGACAGUGGCCACGUCUGGAGUGAGGCCACUUUAAGGCUCCUUCUUUCUCAGUGCAUCUUGUCCCCCCCUCUCUGCUUUUCCUCUCUUCCUUCCACUUCUCUUUCUUGUCCCCUUCCCCUCCAGUGCAUCCUGAAUCAAAGCCCCUCCCUCCUCUUUCCCUCUGUGUCCUACCGUGUGGCUGCCGAUACUGCUUCUUUGUUUCCUUUCUUCCUAACCCUGUCCAAGGGAAUGGACUCAGGCUCAUGGGGUUGUUCCAUACUCUUCUUCUGGGAGAACCCCCCCACCCUGCUUUGUGAAGGGGCCAAAGCCUCGGGGGUGCUUCUUCCUCUCUUUCCCUCCCCACCAUCCCUUCUCGUGCUGUGGGCCUGCCUCGCCAGUGAUCUGGGAAAGUGGAACAUCAAGGUAGGAAGGAAGCACUGAACUGGCAGUCCUCAAGACCGGGACUGUCCCACCCUUCCCUGCCUGCCCCCCACCCACUCCCAGCUUUGGCCUUGCUUGGCUGCCUGCCCACCUGCACUUUGAGGGAAGUGAGCUCAGAAGCAGGUGCUUCAGAGAAGAAAAGAAAAUGUUGAGGGGAGGCAGGGAUCAAAAGUCACCUCCGUUCUCUACCUCCCAUGCAGUGUGUACACAGUUUCUUCCCACCCGGGCUCCCGGAUUUAAAUAAAGGUGUGUACCAAAGCCUCAGGGCGCCACAGGGGCGAGCAAAGCCCGGGGGGGCCAGUGAUAUUGACAAGCCAACCACGCACCCCAGAAAGGGGAGUGUUUGGUAAUGAAGGGCUAGCCCCUGUAUAUCAGGAUGAAGCAAAGGAGAGGAGGCCAGAGACAGUAUUGUGCAAACCAGAGGGGCAUAUGGCAGCGACUUCCCUUUCUCUGUAAGGAGGGCACUUCCCCACAGCCUCCUGGCAGGUGAAAGGUGACAUGGCCACUGAACCCAGCCUUCAGCUCCUGAGCUUUUCUUGAGCCUCCGAGUCUGGGGAGGAAGGGCAGGGACUUCACGGGGAGAGAGAGAGAGAAGGCCCUGGAUAGAAAUGCUUGGUGCUGUUCUCUUCAGCCUUCCAGACAAAGUGCUCCUUUGCCCCUCUAGCUCCUUGACCAGGAGCCACCUGCACUGUGGCUACAAGAGGGAAGUGGACUCCCUCCUCCAGAGCUCUUUGUUCCGGAAGAAGUUUGUUUCUUUAACCCCACAUGGCCCAAUGGUGGCUUGAAGUUGGCGUUUUAAAGAAGGAACAAGUCAGUUCUGGGCCCUGGCAGGGUUCCUCCCCACCUUCCCAGGGUUGGAGGCUCAUUCUUAAGCUGCAGAUUAGCUAAUCACAUGGCUAGGGCUGGAGCAAAAGCAAAGAACCAGGCCCUGAACACUCACCAACGAAGACCCAAAGUCCAGGGCACACACAUGUGAAGGAUGAAGAGCCCCACUUCCUUAUUCCUCAAAAAAAAAAAAAAAAAAAAAAAAAGUGGGGAAGAAAUCACCAAACCUUUCCUCCUGACUUUGCCAGAGUAGGAGAAGGUAGCUCAGGAUGUAGGAACAGGGAUAGGCUAACAUAGUGGAAGGAAAAGGAGGGCAAGAAUAGUUAUAAAUUGUUAUUAAUGAGAAACUUAGCAGACUUUUUAGGAUGAAGUCAUGACUAUGGCUGGGAUGCUUCCUUGAGGACUGACUCCUCAGGUGUCAGGACACAGCAUCACACUGAGGUUGGGGAGACAGUGACGCCAGCCCUUGGAGUGCCUGCAGCCAGGGGCUUCAAAAAGCAGACGUGCUGGCCCUUGGCUCCACCCUGUGGGUCAGUGUUGCUGUAUUUUGGAAGGGAAAACACGGGGUGGAGAUUUUAUGAACUGAGCAGCCCCAAUCCAUCAGGGCCACAGCUGGGGAGAGGCACGGGAGCAGGAGGGUUGGAGCUUUAGGGGCAGCUACGCUCACCAGGUAUCACAGUUGGCAUCGCACCCCUAAACUUCUCCAGUCCAGGAGGUGGCCUGGGAUCUGGCAUUAGGCCCAGACUGUUGAGCAGGCGCUCCUGCCUGUUUGCUCCUCACCACCUCUGCACCUGCUCUCUUGAGACUCAGCCCGACCCCAGGCAUCCCACCUGCUGCCAAGCCCCCACCAUCUCCCUGUGACGGGUGAACUUCGUGUACUGUGUCUCGGGUUCAAUGUAUGAAUUGUGAGCAGGGUUCAUCUAUUUUAAACACAGAUGUUUACAAAAUAAAGAAUAUUUCAAACCACA